AUGGACCCGACCUACUCAGACCAAGCCUUCAGCAGCAGCACUUACUCACGCAACCCCAGGUCACGAGCCGGCAGCGGAGUGUCCACCACAGAAGGUCUCCUCCAGAACCUGCAGCUUGUCGAAUCGCCAUCCUUCGAGACCGGGUCAUACACCUCCAGCAGGCCACCAUCCGCAUACUUGAGUCCGAGUCUGUCCCACUCACCGGGCUUCCUCUCGACCCCGCUCUCUCAACACCACCAACAACAGUCUUUUCCGCCCCUGUCGUCCGAAACGGCAGUCUCGGAGACAGAUUGGUUCGAAGUAAACCAAGCACGAGCCCAAGGCGCGCCGCUGCUCCGAGUAGAACCCGCCCACGACCAGCCCGGAGCGCCAUCAUCUUCAACAACUCCACUGGCGUCUGUCGAGACAGAAGCUAUGAGCGCCGUCGCCGUGUCGUACGACCCGGCAUUCAACAUGGGCACCAGACAAUCUUUCACUUGGCCAGCCAUGGAAUGCGGGAACGGCCUCAUGCCCCCAGACCUCGGUUCCUACGGGUCGGAUGCCAGCCUCACACCGUCCAGCGGCACACGAUCCGUUACGUCGAGUCCUCCGAGGACGCUCACCGCAGAACAGCGGGAGUUGAAACGACAGAGGGACCAAGCCCGGCACAAUUCCAAGCUGCAAGCCCGGGGCCGGAGGACAGACAGCGCAUCGUCUUCGGUCUACUCGCCGCCUGUUACGCUGGCCGAUAUGACGUCGGCCGCUUCGAGCAUGCCGGUCUAUACGACUGCGCCCUCACAAAUCUCAUUGCUCGCUGAGCCCGCGGCACCGCAGUACUUGCCUCCAUUCUCACCACCACUCCCGGACCCGAACCAGGCACACAUGUUCACGAAUCCGUACCCACAGCAGCAUUACAUGCCCGAUUACGGCUACCCACCAACAACGGCGCCGAGCCUGCCGUCGCACUACGGCAGACCCCUUGUACCGGACCCGAACCUUGGGAUGUACUCGGUCCCGCCAGUUCUGCCUCCCGGACCGCCAGACGCAAGCGGGCAGGUCAGAGUUGUGCAUAGCCGGCCGAAACCGCAAUGCUGGGAUCACGGGUGCAACGGCCGACAGUUCUCAACCUUCAGCAACCUCCUCAGACACCAGAGGGAGAAGUCGGGGCAGGCGGCAAAAGCGACGUGUCCGAACUGCGGCGCAGAAUUCACACGGACAACCGCCAGAAACGGCCAUCUGUUACACGACAAGUGCAAGAAGAAGAACGUCAACUAA